AUGGCCACCGAAAAUACCUGUUCAGCGUGUAGCUGGUCCCAAACACGUCAAGACGCAUGUCGUUACCAGAGUCACGUGAACCUUUUCUACGGGGUCAGCAAUCGAGGGGUGUGGUCUUUAGGCUCAAACUUGAUCCUAAAAGAACGGUCUACCGAGCCACCAAACUUUGAGGUCCCCAAUAUCGGGUUUUUGGCGUCAAGAACCUCAAUUCCUAUACCUCAAAUCGUUGAAGAAUGGCAAGAAGACGACGGGGCAUAUUUUCUCCUUACCAAACGAAUUCGAGGUCAACCAUUGAGUGAAAUUUGGCCAAAGAUGACAUCGGACGACAAAGAACGCGUCGCAAAACAGACCGCUGAGUACUUGAUGCAGCUUCAUGAGCUUCGCUCGGACCGACUGGAGAGCAUCGGCGGACAGCCAAUCUACUCAGCCUUUCUUUUUCCGAAUGGCUAUGGCAUUGGACACGGGCCGUUUUCAUCUGACGAUGAAUUAUGGGCUGAGAUGUCGUUGGCCUUGGCUCAAGUGCCGGAGCAAAUUCGUUCGAAAUUGCGUCAACGGAUGCCAGCUGCGGCUCCCUAUACAUUUACUCACGGCGACCUAACCAACGUCAAUAUCAUUGUCGAGAAUGGUAACCUGGCAGGGAUUCUGGACUGGGAAUCUUCGGCCUUUUUCCCUGUUUGGUGGGAAUUUACUUGUGCGGGAAUUGGCCUGGGGCAAGAUGAUAAAGAAUGGAAGGACUUGCUUUGCACACAUCUACCGGAUCAUACUAAGGCCCGCAAUUUUUGGCUGGAUUUCUUUGCAUUGCGCAACUAUCCUAAGUUGAAUGAGAGAGGACUGGCAUUUCUAAAGGAAUGUGGUUCGGGCUUGCCAGAGAAGGAAACAUAA